AUGGCCGGUGUUAAGCCAAUAAUAUCAUAUGAGAUUGAUGGUGAUUUGCAGUAUGUUACUGACCCGAAUGUUAGUUUUGCUAAUUUAGAGGACGACCUCAGCCUUGAAACACCGCUCAGGAUAGCAAUGAAAAAUGCGUCGACUAGUAAAGAUCAACAGCAACAGCAGCAGCAGCAUCAGCAGCAGCAGCAGCAGUUGUCUUAUGUUAUUUCAGAUGACGGCGAUAUACAGCACGCUGAAAACAGAGAUAUGAAUAAUUUAAUGACCGAGGUAGCUGUGAUGGACAUGCAGUUACCGAAUUUUGUAGAGGGACCGGGAUUUUCAAGGUUCAUGACUAUGCUUAGUUCAACGUAUGACAUUCCUAGUAAAAACAAACUCGAGGCGGAAUUAAUACCCAACAUGUAUAAUAAGUAUAAAAAUUACUUGGUUAAUGUUUUAAAUAAAGUUUCGACAGACAUAGGAUUGACUAUAGAAGAGUGGAAGUCAAGCAAUGAUGAGUAUUUUAUAACUAUCUCGAUGUUUUAUCAGAAUUCAGAAGAAGCUAUAAUGGAAACAAAAGUAUUAACGACAGUACAUGCCCCCAGAGAAUGGGGUACUGGUCAGUGGGACAAUUUUAUUGAAUUAUUUUUGUACGAAUGGAACUUGACGCAAGAAAAAAUAACUGCUGUUGUUGUUGCGACGACUCUUCAAGAUUUACUCAAUGCUUUAACCAGUCGAGGGUUUAUUUUGAUACCCUGUUUGCUGUAUACGUUACAAGAGUGUGCUCAAGAAUGCUUUGAACACCCAAGAGUCAAAGAGAUCUUGGUGGCUUGUCGAAUAAUCGUAGGAGUUAUGACUGCAAAAACUGGUGGUGGUGAAAAAGAGAGUUUGGAAGAACAAGAAAUGUAUUAUGAGCUACCGUAUGCUAGUGAAGAAGAAAAAGCUGAAUCAAUGAAAGAAAUUAAAGAAAUUAUAAAAAAAUAUAUUCAUGAUGAUGAGAGAAAAUCAGCGAGUAAAGAACCGGCUAAUAAAAAGAGUAGAUUAUCUGGCAUGGAGAACCUUUUCAAAGAUUUUAAUUCAAAGAAAACGCGAACGACGAUUUCGGAUAAAGCAGAGUUGGAGAUGGUACAAUAUCAAGGUGAAUCCGGCGAACCAUUAGGAUCAUGUCCAAUUGAGUGGUGGACAAAAUUAUCAGCCAAGUGUCCAUAUCUCUAUAAACUCGCAACACAUUACAACUGUGUACCAGUUUGUUGUGCCCCGUCAACACGCAUUCAUCCAGACGCACAAAUUGUUUAUAAUUUAAAACGCGCGGCUAUACCUACUCAUCUUAUUGACAAGAUGAUUUUUCUUAAUUGCAAUCACACCGUUAGCCCAAGUGUUUGA